UCUGACUUUGGGAAGCGGGGAAAGCGCUUCCGGUGACAGGAGGAGGGGGACGAAGAGGAAGAGGAAAGGGCGGAGGAAGAGGUGCCGCGCGUCGCCGAGGUGGCACCGGCGGCUCCGCCCCGGCGCUCUUCCAGGGCCCCUAGCUUUCCGCUGGGCCUGGCGGAAAUGAGCGGCGGCUCCGGGCGGUCGGGCGACGGGCCCCCAGAGCUAGGCGGGCGGCGCCGCUGGUCGGGGACAGGCUCCGCCCUGCCAGGCUCCGGAGGCCGCAGACCUGCGCGCAGGCCGGGAACUGACAGCGCCACGCCCCCAGGGCGUUCGAUCCCGCGCGCCACGCCCCCUACGGCCGCCUGUCCUGCGGAAACACGCCCCCUCCCGCCUCUCCGCCUCGACCCCUUCGGGGGGCCCAGGCGGGGCCCAAAUCUCCGCCAGCGCCGUCGCCAUAGUCUGCGCUGCGUCCUUAGCUCGGCGAAGGACAGGCCUCACGCCGGGACCCCCGUCGACUUCUGAGGUGCCAGGAUGGUGGGGGAACUCCGCUACAGGGAAUUCAGGGUGCCGCUGGGGCCCGGCUUGCAUGCCUAUCCUGAUGAGCUGAUACGCCAGCGAGUGGGCCAUGACGGGCAUCCUGAGUACCAGAUCCGCUGGCUCAUCCUCCGGCGUGGGGAUGACGGGGAAGGCGGUUCUAACCAAGUGGACUGCAAGGCUGAGCACAUCCUGCUAUGGAUGUCUAAUGACGAGAUCUAUGCCAACUGCCACAAGAUGCUGGGUGAAGAUGGCCAGGUCAUUGGGCCCUCCCAGGAGACAGCAGGGGAGGCUGGAGCCCUGGACAAAUCUGUGCUGGGGGAGAUGGAAACCGAUGUGAAGUCUCUGAUUCAGAGGGCCCUUCGGCAGCUGGAGGAGUGUGAGGGCACCAUUCCUCCCGCCCCUCUGCUUCACACUGUCCAUGUGCUCAGCGCCUACGCCAGCAUUGAGCCCCUCACGGGGGUCUUCAAAGACCCAAGGGUCCUGGACUUGCUCAUGCACAUGCUCAGUAGUCCCGAUUAUCAAAUUCGCUGGAGCGCAGGCCGGAUGAUACAAGCCCUGGCUUCCCAUGAUGCUGGGACCCGGACCCAGAUUCUUCUGUCACUGAGCCAGCAGGAGGCCAUUGAGAAACACCUGGAUUUUGAUAGCCGCUGUGCUCUGCUGGCACUGUUUGCACAGGCCACGCUCUCUGAACAUCCCAUGUCUUUCGAGGGCAUUCAGCUGCCACAGGUCCCAGGAAGGCUGCUCUUCUCCCUGGUGAAGCGCUAUUUGCACGUCACCUCCCUUCUGGAUCAGUUGAAUGACAGUGCUGUGGAACCAGGAGCCCAGAGCGCCACUCCCGAGGAGUUGAGUGGGGAGAGGGGUCGGCUGGAGCUGGAGUUCAGCAUGGCCAUGGGCACCCUGAUCUCGGAGCUGGUACAGGCCAUGCGCUGGGACUGGGCCUCGAGUAGACAGGGUCCCUCGGCACGGCCCUCCUGUUCCAUCUUUCAGCCCCAGCUGGCAGAUGCAGGCCCAGGGCACCCACCCGCCCAGGCCCUGCCCUCCCUUAGGAGGUCAAGGCGGUUUCGCCCUCGCUCUGAGUUCGCAAGUGGCAAUACCUAUGCUUUGUACGUGCGGGACGCGCUGCAGCCGGGCAUGCGAGUGCGGAUGCUGGACGAUUACGAGGAGAUCAGUGCCGGGGACGAGGGCGAGUUCCGGCAGAGCAACAAUGGCGUGCCCCCUGUGCAGGUGUUGUGGGAGUCAACAGGCCGCACCUAUUGGGUACACUGGCACAUGCUGGAGAUUCUGGGCUUUGAAGAAGACAUCGAAGACGUGGUUGAGGCUGAUGAGUACCAGGGGGCAGCGGUCAGUGGAGCUGUGGGUGUAGCCCUGCCCUCCUGGCGGUGGAAGCCCAUGGCAGAGCUCUACGCCGUGCCCUGCGUGCUGCCUGAGGAUGAGGACGCUGAGGAGAGUGAGCACCUGAGCCAGGCCGAGUGGUGGGAGCUCCUCUUCUUCAUCAAGAAGCUGGAUGGACCCGACCAUCAGGAGGUUCUCCAGAUCCUCCAGGAGAACCUGGAUGGGGAGAUUCUGGAUGACGAGAUCCUGGCUGAGCUGGCCAUGCCCAUGGAGUUGGCCCAGGACCUGCUGCUGGCUCUGCCACAGCGACUCGAUGACAGUGCUCUCAGGGACCUGCUCAACUGCCAUGUCUACAGGAAAUAUGGGCCUGAGGCCCUGGCAGGGCAGCUGGCCUACCCAUCCCUGCUGGAAGCCCAGGCCCAGCCUCAGGAAUCAGCGGACGCAGCCAGAGUGGAAGCAAAAGAAGCCCUGACUCAGUGCCCCAACACUCCCCUGCAGCAUCUGGUGGAGGGUUACGGUCUGGCUGGCAAAAUCUUCCUGGAUCUGGAGCAAGCUUUCAGCUCAGAGGGGCCCCGGGAGAGCGAGGUCAAGCCACUCCUGCUGCAACUGCAGCGGCAGCCCCAGCCCUUCCUCGCGCUGAUGCGGAGCCUCGACACUCCCGUGGCCAACAAGGCCCUGCACCUGGCUGUUCUGAGAAUCCUGACGCGGCUGGUGGACUUUCCUGAGGCAUUGCUGCUCCCCUGGCAUGAGGCCAUGGACGCCUGCAUGGCCUGCCUGCGGUCCCCAGACACUGACCGAGAGGUGCUCCAGGAGCUGAUCCUCUUCCUGCACCACCUGGCCUCGGUGAGCAGGGACUAUGCCGUGGUGCUGAAUCAGCUGGGAGCCCGAGAUGCCAUCUCCAAAGCCCUGGAAAAGCACCUGGGAAAGCUGGAGCUGGCUCAGGAGCUGCGGGACAUGGUGUUCAAGUGUGAGAAGCAUGCCCACCUCUACCGGAAACUCACCACCAACAUCCUGGGAGGCUGUAUCCAGAUGGUGCUGGGCCAGAUCGAAGACCACAGACGAACGCACCGCCCCAUCAACAUCCCCUUCUUUGACGUGUUCCUCAGAUACCUGUGCCAGGGCUCCAGCGUGGAGGUGAAGGAGGACAAGUGCUGGGAGAAGGUGGAGGUGUCCUCCAACCCGCACCGGGCCAGCAAGCUGACGGACCGCAACCCCAAGACCUACUGGGAGUCCAGCGGCAGCGCCGGCUCCCACUACAUCACCCUACACAUGCACCAGGGGGUCCUCGUCAGGCAGCUGGCUCUGCUGGUGGCUGGUGAGGACUCGAGCUACAUGCCGGCCAGGGUGGUGGUGUUCGGGGGCGACAGCGCCACCUCCCUUAACACGGAACUCAACUCGGUGAACGUGAUGCCCUCUGCCAGCCGGGUGGUCCUCCUGGAGAACCUGAACCGCUCCUGGCCAGUCAUCCAGAUCCGCAUAAAGCGCUGCCAGCAGGGCGGCAUUGACACGCGCAUUCGGGGAUUAGAGGUCCUGGGCCCCAAGCCCACGUUCUGGCCGGUGUUCCGGGAGCAGCUGUGUCGCCACACACGCCUCUUCUACAUGGUCAGGGCUCAGGCUUGGAGCCAGGACAUCGCGGAGGACCGCAGGAGCCUCCUGCACCUGAGCUCUAGACUCAACGGGGCUCUACGUCAGGAGCAGAAUUUUGCCGAUCGCUUCCUCCCAGACAGUGAAGCUGCCCGAGCACUGGGCAAGACCUGCUGGGAGGCCCUGGUCAGCCCUCUGGUGCAGAACAUUACCUCCCCCGAUGAGGAUGGUGUCAGCCCCCUGGGCUGGUUGCUGGACCAGUACCUGGAGUGUCGGGAAGCUGCCCACAACCCGCAGAGCCGCGCAGCAGCUUUCUCCUCACGGGUGCGCCGCCUCACCCACCUGCUGGUGCACGUGGAGCCCUGCGAGGCAAUGCCUCCAGUGGUGGCCGCUCCUCGGCCCAAGGGCAGAAACAGAAGCCAUGACUGGAGCUCCCUGGCCACCCGGGGGCUUCCUAGCAGCAUCAUGAGAAACCUGACCCGCUGCUGGCGGGCAGUGGUGGAGGAGCAGGUCAACAGUUUUCUGACCUCACACUGGCGGGAUGAUGACUUUGUGCCCCGCUACUGCGAACACUUUAGUAAUCUGCAGAAGUCAAGCUCCGAGCUGUUUGGGCCACGGGCAGCCUUCUUGCUGGCGCUGCAGAACGGCUGUGCUGGUGCCCUGCUGAAGCUCCCUUUCCUCAGAGCUGCCCACGUAAGCGAGCAGUUUGCACGGCACAUCGACCAGCGGAUCCAGGGCAGCCGGAUCGGUGGGGCCCGGGGGAUGGAGAUGCUGGCCCAACUGCAGCGAUGCCUGGAAACCGUCCUGAUCUUCUCUGGCCUGGAGAUAGCCACCACUUUCGAGCAUUACUACCAGCACUACAUGGCAGACCGUCUCCUGAGCGUGGGCUCGAGCUGGCUGGAGGGGGCCGUGCUGGAGCAGAUCGGCCCCUGCUUCCCCAACCGCCUCCCCCAGCAGAUGUUGCUGAGCCUGAGCACCUCGGAGGAGCUGCAGCGCCAGUUCCACGUGUACCAGCUCCAGCGGCUUGAUCAGGAACUCCUGAAGCUGGAGGACACAGAGAAGAAAAUACAGGUGAGCCACGAGGCCAGUGGCAGGGGGCACGAGAGAGGAACCGGAGAGGAAGCUGAGCUGGAAGCUGGGGCAGCAUCGGCGGCUGGCGGAGCGGGAGAGGAGGCGGCGGCGGAAGAGGAUGAGAACGAGGACCUUUACUAUGAAGGGGCGAUGCCAGAAGUGUCUGUGCUCGUCCUGUCACCACGCUGCUGGCCCACUGCCUCCAUCUGCCACACGCUCAACCCCAGAACCUGCCUGCCUGCCUACCUGAGGGGCACCUUGAACCGAUACUCCAACUUCUACAACAAGAGUCAGAGCUACCCUGCCCUAGAGCAGACUCCACAGAGGCGACUGCAGUGGACAUGGCUGGGCCGGGCUGAACUGCAGUUUGGGGACCAGACGCUGCAUGUGUCCACCGUGCAGAUGUGGCUGCUCCUGCAUCUCAAUGAGCUGAAGGCGGUCUCCGUGGAGAGUCUACUGGCGCUCUCAGGGCUUUCUCCAGACAUGCUGAAUCAGGCAGUUGGGCCUCUUACCUCUUCAAGGGGCCCCCUGGAUCUUCACGAGACAAAGGAUGCCCCAGGAGGGGUGCUCAAGAUUCGAGAUAGUAGCGAGGAACCCAGGCCUCGGAGGGGCAACGUGUGGCUCAUCCCAGCUCAGACAUACCUGAAAGCUGAGGACGAAGAGGGCCGGAACUUGGAGAAGAGACGGAACCUUCUCAGCUGCCUCAUUGUCCGAAUCCUCAAGGCCCACGGGGACGAGGGCCUGCACAUUGACCAGCUUGUCUGCCGGGUGCUGGAGGCUUGGCAGAAGGGCCCGUGUCCUCCUAGGGGCUUGGUCAGCAGCCUUGGCAGGGGGUCCACCUGCAGCAGUGCUGAUGUCCUCUCUUGUGUCUUGCACCUCCUGGGCAAGGGCACAGUGAGACGCCAGGAUGACCGACCCCAGAUGCUGUCCUAUGCAGUCCCCGUGACUGUGAUGGAGCCUCACACCGAGUCCCUGAACCCCGGCUCCUCGGGCCCAAACCCACCCCUCACCUUCCACACCCUGCAGAUUCGCUCCCGGGGCGUGCCCUAUGCCUCCUGCACGAGCACCCAGAGCUUCUCUACCUUCCGGUAGCCCUGGAGAUGGGCUCAGGGUUAUGUAGGGCUGCGCUUUCUACAGAAUAAAAUGCAGCAGUUUGAUUACUUGGCCUGUGUGGUGACUGCUAGGGAGCUGACAGGGACAGGGGCUUUCCUGGCUGAAAGGGGAGAUGAGCCCUCCGCUCUGAGGCAGUCUUGUGCUGUGCCAGGAGUCUCCGGGUGAGGUUGGCAGGCUGGGCAGAGGGGGAGAGGGAGUCGGGUGUGACUGAGCAUCCCCCUCCUGGCCGGGGGAUUAAGUGGACUCCGGGGAUGGGUCUUCUCAGAGGGUAUGUGGUCAGAAGUGCUUUCACCUUGGCAGGGUGGCGAUUCAAGCCCAUCUUGCCAUGCGCUGGAUGGCUUGCAACUUCGGCAGAUCAUCCAGCAGGGCUCCAUUUCACUUGUUUGUGGACUGUGGAAUUGGACAGUCACUGUGGGACUCUGACGUGUGGGAGCCUUUGACACGGUGAAGGCUUUGCCACCAAGUCCCUCUUCUGGCCACCACGCUCAGCAGUGUGGUGCACAGCGCCGUCCCGAGGUAAGGCUGACAAGGGGACGGUGAGGUAAAGGACCCUUGCGGCCACUACAGGCACCCAGAACCUUAAUGUGUUCCCCACGGACGCUCUUGGGUCUGGGUUAGAAGCUGACCUAGAAGGAUCUGCAGCUCCCACGGCCUCUUCCUCUUUGCCCCUCUCUACUCCCCUGCCUCUGCCCCCACCCUCUGGCUGUGCAGAGCUGCACACUGUCGCCAGAGCUGGACCCCAGCUAGCUCCAGAGGCAGGCCUGUUGCUCUGUGCUGCUGAUUGGCCCCCCUGGCCCCACCCACACUGAGGCAGGGCAGGUCGGGCUAGGGGACCCGGUGCCAGGGGGUGGAGCUCUGUGUCUGGGCAGGGCCCUUAGCGCAGGAGGGAAGGAGUGACCCAGGUGUCCUGAAUCCAUGACUAGGUGACUAGGAGAAAGCUACGAAAGAGUCAGGUGGUGGGAGAGGGCACAUUGGCCGGAGGGAACUGGGUGCCUCCCAGGACUGACAUUUAGAAUAGAGUCCGUAAGGGAAGAAUCAGCCAGGGCUUGGGAGUCAGGAUGCCCAGGAUGAGGCAACAAAGCAAAGUGUGGACACACAGGGCCCCUGCUUGCUUUGCAGUGUGGUGGCCCUGUGGUGCCGUUGGUGGUUCUCACAGCAGAACCGUCCUGUUGGUCCGUGCUAUUCUGAGGCAGCAUACAGACAGGCAGAGCAGGCUGGGGCAGCAGUGGGCACACUGCUAGGGAGUUGCUGCACUUUGUCACUUGGUUGCUCUUCCACCUUUGUGCCAGAGAUCAUGGCCUGUCUCUCUUUCAUGGGCCCAGGCCAUGUCCUCCUUUUUGAGCCAGCGGUGCAGGGCCAGCGCCUUUUGCCUCUGGGUUCUCAUGCUCUUUAUGAGCCUAUCCUUUCCCACAGAAACCCAGAGAGCCCCCGGGCUCUAGUAGCCAGGCCAGCAUGCACCACAUGCGGGGACCAGACGGGACUUUCCCACUGCCACCUCCUGCGCUGCUGCUGCCCCCAUGGGCUCUGGUGUGGGCUGAGCUCCAGGCCACUAGUCUCAUCCACGGCGCUCAACCCCUUAUUCGUCCCACCCAGUCACUCUGCCCCGAAGUCUCCCACAGGGUACCCACCUGCUCAUCUGCAAUGGACAAACCUCCAACAGUCCUUAAAGGAAGAGUACACCAGCCAUGACGCCCAAACCCUGCACAUUUCCAUCUGCAGUCCAGCUCCUACAUUGCCCACUGUCCUCCACACACAGUCUAACCCCACUUUGAUCUGCCUGAUCUGGUACCCAAAUCCAGCCACCCAGGUGAGCAGUCCUGAUUGCCCUUCUCUCACCAGCACCAGUAAAGAUCUGAGCCUCCUUCCCUGCCCUCAGAACUUUCCAUCUCCACAGGGCAAACACUUCCUGGCUGACUCAGGGGAUGAAAGUUUGCUUCCCUGAUCUCCUUGUGAGACCAUCCUCACAGCCUCAAUUCCUUAUAUCCCUUUAGCUGGUCUGCACACCAAGGACAUAAUGAUCCCAUUUAUAUGAAAUGCCCCCAAAUCGGCAAAUCUAGAGACGGAAUGUGGUUUAGUGGUUGCCUAGAGUUGGGGGAACUGGUAAGAAGUGAGAAGUGACUGUUAGAAGGUACGGGGUUUCUUUUUGGGGUGUCACAAAUGUUACAAAAUUGUGAUGGUCACACAAUUCUGUGAAUAUAUGAAAAACCACUGAAUUGUACACUUUAAAUGGAUACAUUGUAUGGUAUGUGAAUGAUAUCUCAACAAAGCUGUAAAUAAAAACCAAAACCAACCAGACCAACCCACAGCUGAAGCUCAGAGCUCUCCAUCUCUGGCUCCCCGUUGAAGGGGAAAAGUAGCAGUUUGGAGGCUUGGGGACCAAUACAGCCGUGUGGUGGACAUACAUUAUGGUUUCUUGACUGCCCCUCACCUGAACCCCCUUCUUGUGCUUAGAAACUCCCUACCACAAACCUAGGGAGAAGGUAGAGCCCACCUCCCACCAUAUGAAAGACCAGACAUUUGGCUUUCCCAGCAUCGCCUUUGCAGCCAGGUGACUCGAUGCCUCUGCCAGGAAUGCCUCAGUCUAGAGCAGAGCAGGGGGAAGUGGAGCACCUCUGGUGUCAGCACUGACAUCCUCACGUCAACACUGGUUCCCAGGUAGGACUUACAGUGCUUUUAACUGCUCUGACUUUAUCCCCCACUCCUUUUUUGGAGCUUUUCUCCAGCCUUCUUAGUGUUUCUAUGAGCCCAGUAGUUCAAUAGUCUAUUUCUGCUUUUAUCAGCCAGAAUCGGUCUUUUGGCUUUAAACUAGGAUUGACACACAUGACACUGGGGACCCUGUAGCACUGGCUCCCUCACUCCCCGUGGGACAGGCGAACUAUACUGGUAGCUAGAGCCCUCAUCUUACAAUCAUUGGGAGAAGCACAUUUUAUGCAUUUCUGUCAUCAGAACUACAUCUUUUCCCCCAUCCCAGAAGCAUCAAGCAAUAACAGAUGUCUUAGCUUCUAAUUCUACCUCUUCCUUUCCUU